AUGCACGAGCGGUACGUUGAGAGAGCCGGGACGGAUUUGAGAGAAGUAUCUCACGCGACGGUGUCGUUGCGGGCGGUGGCGCAGAACGAGUACGUGGUGCAGUGGUCGACAACCUUCGUGCCAGAAAAGAUGAAGUUUUUGUACGAUUUAGCGCUGAAUUGGCCGCUCGGGGCGUUGGAGAUCGAGAAGAAAGACAUCCUCGAUCGACAAGGCGAGAUUAGCAAGUUUACGUAUCGCGCGUUAUUCGCUCUGCUCAAACGCGCCGCUCUGGAGGGAAAGAUGCGGAUCCCGAUAGCAAAAAUUGAGGGUGCGAGUCGCCUAGUAUUUGACGGCGGAAAACUCGAGCGGCACGAGGAAUCGCUGACGCUCGUGUCCGCGAUUAACGCGGGUCGCGUUCGCAACAAGCGCGUCGCGCGAGACCUACUCGAGUACCUCGAUUGCCGCAAACCUCCCGGGACGUCGUUAGAAGCGUGGGACGACGCGGUGCUAGAAAAGUGCGAUUAUUACUCCGUGCCUGGAAUGCGUCAGCUCGACGUGGACGGCAUGGAUGCGACGUCUUCCAACGUCGAAGACGCCACCGCCGUGCUCGGCUUCUUCACGCUCGUCACCAUCGCAUUCGGUUUCGGUUUCGGCGCGUGGUACAUGCACGGCGUGCAACAAGAAGCCGUGUUCCGACAAAUGCUCGCCGAAGGCGCGUAUUGA